AUGAAAACAGAAGUCAAUGUAUCUGCGCAGACCGUCGAGCCUGCGGCUGUCCCGUUAGUUACGAGGCUCUUCUACGCGCAGAGAUUCAUAGAGAAACAGUAUGAGGAGGUGAAAAAUGAGGCUCAUCUACGAUGGUGGAACCAGUGGAUCUACCGCACCCUGAAGAUCCAGUCUCUCGAACCCGCUAGUGAAUACACGACCUGGAAGGACGACAGUCUUGCUGAGCGCAACUCGCACUGGCUAGCGUGUGCCGGGCUUCUCACGACAGAAAUUAUGGGAGCCAUGUUGGUUCCCCAGAGCAUGUCGUAUUUAGGGUACGUUCCAGGAAACAUCAUGCUAUUUGUAUUUUUCGGCUUUGCACUGGUGGCAGGCGGACUGGUAUGGUGGCUGUUCAUACUCUUCGACUCUCCUGAGUAUCCUAUACGCACGUUUGCGGACAUCGCCGAGCUGCUUGGCGGGAAGACAUGGAGACACCUAAUAGUUUUUUUACAGGUUGUGGCUAUGAUAUUGACCUCUGCUACCAUCAUCAUUGGAGCGGUGGAGGGACUGGAAAUUAUGCGGGACCAACGCGUGUGUUUCUGCGGACUAGUUGUGCUUCUUUGUGGUGUCCAGGCAAUAAUCGGCCAUCUGAAGCAGCUCAAACAGCUAGGCAACUUAUGCGUGUGGAUAUCCAUUAUUAAUUAUGUAUGUCUGUUUGCGCAACUGGGUUUUUUCAAGGAGCCCAACUGGGACAACGCAAAGGCCGUUCUGGGCUUGGACCGCGGCGAGGUCCACAGCUACGCUGUGGCUCCGCAAGAUUUUGUGUCGCGACUCGUCUCCGUGACGAGUCUCUCGUACGUUUUUGCAGGGUUGCUCGUUUUCCCGGAAAUUCUAGCUGAAAUGAGAAGGCCAUGGGAUUUUUGGAAGAGCAUGCUGCUGGCUCAGGUAUGCAUCCUGGCGACGUAUUUGCUAUACGGAAACUUUGUGUACGCGAGACAGGGCCAGUUUUCGAACUCACCGGCCGCGCUAGGCAUCGCGAACAUUGCAGCUCUGCGCGGCUUUGGAUUUGUCACAUUCAUCACCGGUUUUGUCCAGGCCACCUUCUACGGCCAUCUGUCGGCCAAAGUGUUCUACAAAAACUACCUCCCGGACAUAUUCAAAAACCUCCGGUUCAACUCGGUCCGUGGCACGCUGCUCUGGUCGGCUACAGUGUGUCUGGUCUGGGUCGUCAUAUUCCUGAUAAGUGCAGGUGUUCCAAACGUGAUGGCUGUAGCAGCGUUCACGUCUGCGCUGACGAUGAUCCCACUCACAUACAUGUUCCCGUACCUCUUCAAUGUGUGGGCACUCUGUGUGAAAACCAACGCCGAAAACAUAAUUUGCUAUGAUGCAGUUGCUAUGAAGACCGAAGGGUACGAACAUAAACCGAAAAAAUACAUUAAGGCGGGAAUCAGAGCUCAUAAGCGCCAUUCUGGCGUCUUUCUAUCAAUUCUCUUCCUGGCAAGCGUCUUUGCCGUCAUGGGGAUUGCGGGGUCCAUUGGAUACAUGGUGUAUGUUUUUGCGAAUACGUCGGCCGAAAGUUUCAGUUGCAAGUCGCCAAUCUAG